AUGGCGACGCAGACGGAAACUGUGGCCAAGGGCCUUCCGGCGCAAUCGCCAACCGACAUUGAGAAGCAGCAGGUUCUUCAUCAGGAGCAUUCUCAUGUGCUGGACGACGAGAAGAGGCCUGCUGUGGCGGUCGAUUACUCUGGAGCUGCGGCCAAGACUGACCCUACGGAGAUCAAGCUCGUGAGGAAGUUGGAUCUCUGGGUGAUGCCAACUCUUUGGUUGAUGUACUGGCUCAACUACCUCGACCGCAACGCAAUUGCCCUAGCCCGACUCAACGGCCUCGAAAAGCAACUUGGCCUCAGCAGCGUCGAAUACUCCACCAGCGUCUCCAUCCUCUUCGUCGGCUACAUCCUCGGCCAGAUCCCCAGCAACAUGAUCCUCACCCGCGUACGGCCUUCCUGGUACAUGGGCGGCUUCAUGAUGGCCUGGGCCGUGGUCUCCGCCCUCACGGCCGUGGUGAAGGAUUACAAAGGGCUAGUGCUCACGCGCUUCUUUCUAGGUGUCGUCGAGGCGCCGUAUUACCCCGGCGCUCUGUACAUCCUGUCCAUCUUCUAUACCAGGAAGGAGCUCGCGACGAGGAUCAGUGUGUUGUAUUCCGGGAAUAUUCUGGCGACUGCGUUUGCGGGGUUGAUUGCUGCGGGUGUGUUCCACGGGAUGGAAGGGUUGCAUGGUCUGAAGGGGUGGCGGUGGUUAUUCAUUUUGCAGGGCGCGGUGACGUUCGUGAUCGCUAUGAUGGCUUGUUAUACGCUUCCCGAUGAGCCUCUUACGACGAGGUGGCUUACGCCUGAGGAGCGACAGCUUGCGCAUGAUAGGAUUGAGAGGGAUACUGUAGGUGCGAAGAUGCAGAGUAGUACUUGGGGUGGUCUGCGCGAGGCGAUUGUCGAUCCGAAGGUGUGGGUGUUUAUCUGGAUGCAGCAUUGCCAUCUUGCGACGAAUGGGUUCAAGAACUUCUUUCCCACGAUUGUGCAAACGCUAAAUUUCAACACGACGAUUACGUUGGUCCUGACGUGUCCGCCAUACCUCAUCGCUGGCAUCCUAUCCAUCGUCUGGGCGUGGAGCUCCGGACGUUUCAACGAGCGGACGUGGCACAUCACCAUUUCUAAAGCCGUUGCUGCUUUCGGCGCUAGUAUCAGCUUUAUCUGGACACCUUACUUGUGGCCCACGUCAGAUGCCCCAAGAUAUGUGAUCCCUAUGGCCAGCAGUGCGGCGUUUUGUGUGGCCUGCGCCGCUGGUGCAUGGUUGAUGAAGUGGAUGCUUGUGAGAGAGAACAGGAGGAUUCGGGCAAGCAAUUCUGAAGCCACGCUAUUUUAUGCCCAUUAA